AUGGAAUCCUGUGUCGCCAGAGGCCUAAGCGUCUCCAAAAACCUGAAAAUGAAGAAUUCUCCAUUGGUCUUGCUUAGGGGCAAGUCAACUGCCGCGAAACCGAAUUCUGCACCAAAAGUACAGGCAACUCCCCCACCCACGACCGCACAAGCAUCCAUCACAUGGCCAGAAUACCUCGCAAUUCGACGGAACAAGAGAAGAGUACAAACUGCUCUCACCAUUCCAACGACUCUGCUGGGUUUGGCUCUGGGCGGUCUGUACUUCGGGAACCUCGAUACAGAUCCUACAAAACUCAUCAUGGGUAUAGACCCAUUCUUUUUCUAUGGGUUUUGCACACUGGGAUGCGCAGGCGCGGGUGCAUUAGCUGGUCCCACCAUUGGUGCAUCUAUAUGGCGCUUCAAGAACCGCAACAUACUAUCCGUACUAGACAAGAAAGAUCACGAUUUCUUCCAGCGUAUUGCUAAAAACCGAGUAGAUGCUACCCUCCAAAGCCCAACACAUCCCGUUCCAGAUUACUAUGGGGAAAAAAUUGGUUCCUUGCACCAGUAUAGACAAUGGUUACGUGACCAGGCAAAGUACAAGCGUAAAGCUUUGCUUCCUGAAGAAUAG